AUAUACUGAAGGUGCUGGUAUAUCUGAAUGCGUCUUUUAGUUUAUUACUCUUCCCUGCCGACGUAAAAGCAGGCAAGAUUUGAAAGGAAGCCGACAAGGCCAGAGAACGAUGCUUCACUAUCAACGAGAGAAAAUUAAAAAGGAAGAAACACCCCCAUUGGAGCAAAUGAGAAAUCAAUCAACCGGAGGUAUCACUGCGUAGCUGAGACGCGGUGGAGUCAACAAGUCUACAGCGCCAAGUACGUCUCCGGGUUGUUAAACUCCGGCGAGCGGGCACCGCGGGUGGAGGAAACAUAGCGAUUGUUGCCAGGCUCGUUUGGGCGACUGAUUCAUUACAGCUUGUACACACGACAGCAGCUCGAUUCUCACGAUAAUGAUACAACAAAACAAGACUAAUCUAUAGCCUUCGGUGAUCGUAUAAGCAUCGUAAACUGGCUUCUAAUAAUUCCCCGGUAAUCUCUCGUCUGCAAGAAGUCAUAGAAACGCUUGUCUCCACUUCUUAUCCGCAGGGUUCUUAGACAGCAAUUAUUUCCCCCUGCUCGAAACGAUCAUGACAAAUAUCACCUUAACAUAAGGCUCCAGCUUCAUUCAGUGCGAAAACAAUUACCCAGCAGCCAGUAGGUUUCUUGGCACAGGAGUUUGUGUUUGAACAAAUGUAGCACACGGCGCUACUCCAGACCCGGGCGUGCUAAAAUUGGCCAGAAGCUCUUCCACCCCCUGACGUUCCGGGGAUAUUUGGUCUGGCGCUAUACUCGUGUUCGUUCUGCAGGUGGGAGGUUUACCCAAGACCUUUCCAGGGGAACUAGAUUUUUGAUGAGUAGGCGCUUCCAAAGACGGGCUUCUUUCUUCUUAACCUUGGAGUGAAGGCUUUUCACUCACGACACUUCCUUCAGGAAUACCUGUAUUAAGAUACAGGCGGUAUAUACAAGGCAAGUGAUAAUACGGUGUACAACAGUGAAGUUGCCUGCAGAGAGGGCCUAACAUUCGGAUGUAGCAUUCAGCGGCGCCGUUAGUCUAUUACCUUUAUGUGUUCCCAGCUGAUUUACAAGGGCCUGCCUGUAAAUGAAGCUAGCAGGUGGCGUCACCUUCUCUCGGAGUGGAUUGGUUGGUUGUGUGAGCGCACCCGUGGCGCGGGAGGCGGCAGUGUAACGUUUACCGCGGCGAAGGAGAACAAGCUACCCGCGCUUCUGUAGAUUGACUCGCAGAAGGACGCACCACCCCGGAGGCUUCAUACGUCACUAUUAACCCGCGGGACGUACGGCCAGGCGACCGGAGGUACAUAACCGCCGGAAGAGAGAGAGAGAGAGGACCGGGAAGGACUGUAGAACGCCGAUCGGUAACCGUCUCCGCACCUCAGCGGGCUCGGCAAGGGAUGAACCAAGGAGUGGCGAUAGUAAGGAGUUGUUUCCUGCUGUGUCUGGUGACUUGGAGCAUCCGCGGACAGCGGGGAAGCGGAGACGACACCGCGCCGGAGCAUCUGUCCUUACAGAAGCCCUACAAACCGCCGCCUGCGUGCAUGGAGGAGAUAUACGUAACCAAGACCGGCACCAUCCAAUCACCGUCCUACCCCAGACAGUACCCACUGGACACGGAGUGCAUAUACAUCCUCACUGCACCGGAAGGGUUCGUGAUCCAAGUGGACUUCCACGGCAUGUUCGACAUCGAGCGGUCCUACAACUGUAAAUACGACCACGUGGAGCUGCGGGACGGCAUGUACGGAUUCUCCCCGCUCAUUGGCCGGUACUGUGGGGACAACGCGCCUGCGCCCGUCAAAACCACGGGGAACAAGCUAUGGGUGAAGUUCUACUCGGACUGGGUGAUAGAGGGAGCAGGGUUCGAGAUGAGAUACAGGCCGGAGCCAGAUCGCACGGUCAGGAAGAAAGAGCCAGAUUGCAACUUCCGAGUGAGCGGUAUCAAUGGCACGGCAGCUUCCAGCAGCUUGCGGCCUCUGAUCGACAGAUUCCCGACACUACCGGACGGGUUAGACUGUACCUGGAUCAUCUCCGUGCCUUACGGAUACAAGGUGAAUCUCCGCUUCACGGAAUGGGACUUGGGGCACUUUAACCAGUGCGACCGGAGUUACGUAGAGGUGUACGACCGGACCAGCGUAGUGGAGGAGAUGGCCGCACGGUACUGCGGUAACCAGGCCCCGGACCUCCAGUCACGCAGCAACGUCAUCUUCAUCCGCUACUGGAUGAGAUAUGACGAGGAACAGCUCUACACGGGAACGUUCAGGGCUCUGUUUACUGCAUAUGAAGACCCGGAGGGUGGGAGAUGUAAGCCGGGGAUGUUCAGCUGCAUCGGUCAGAUGUGCAUCAACGAGUCGCUGGUGUGUAACGGGGAGCAGAACUGUCACUAUCCGUGGGACGAGCAGAAAUGCGAGGAGCCAUCUGGGACCCCGCCCAUCUCCGAUGAAAACCUCGUCACGUUUGGGAUCGCCUCCUCCGUGGUCGGACUGAUUCUGAUCGGCGCUAUUGUCCUGGGCUGCAGGCAGCCUCGCCGUCGACCCGCGGGAGGGAAGCCCCACCAGAACGUCAACCUGCCCGCCAAACGUGAGAUGAACCACUGCUCCAUCGCCGGCGGGAACCCGACCAUGAAUUGUGACAUGAACCAACAGCAGACACUAGAACUUGUCUCUAUGUCUUUGUUCGAGUCUCCCAUCAAGCCAGAUGGUCCUAACGUCGAUCGCUAUCCCCCGCGCGUGCCUUCUAUGGUGACAUUUUCUCCAGUUAGUUCUCCAGGAAGGUGUUUGGAGGAUGACUACGAGUCCCCUCCGCGGCUGCCAAACGCAGACGUCCAUCGCUGCUGGAGUAGGAGUAGCAGUAGAUCGUUAACAGGCGGUGGGGGAGGGAGGUACAGUGUGGCCGCACGGGACGAUACACACGGAGAACUACAGAACGAUACAGAAGAGCCACCACCACCACCACCAAUAGAUAUCCAACAGGAGCUUGAACCCUUGCCGGUGACUGUCAUCAAUGACUACUGCAGCCAGCCGCUGCCCACCGUAGAAGAAGUGAGCGGCUCUGAAGAAGAAGCAGAGAGGAUAGAAAUCCAGGUACAAGAUCCCCAAAUGGUCAGGUCUACAACGGUAUGACAGUGGACCACGGGUAUACAGAUUUUGUAUCUAUCGAUGUCGAUAAUAUAUAUAUAGAUAGUAAAUAGCGUGGCCAGUGGAGGAGGAUAUACCGGCAUGGUGAUGUCAACUUCAAAUAUCCGCGAUGAUAACACAGUGAGCAACAGAAAUAAACUUUAACUGUGAGUGUCUUGUCAUUGCCAUGCAGCAAUAGGGGCGUGCGGCUCAUCAUCUACUAACGUUACUAGGAAUCAGACUUUGUUAGUCUGAGUUCUAUCAGGCUUUUGCUGCUCAAUGCUAGGAAAGGCCUCAAGAAAUGCCGUGCGACGUCAUACAAAUUAACAAAAGCAAAGACACAAAGAGAACAUCUUAUCGUCAACCUCUUCCCACAAAGCAAUACUUUCAUGCAACAAGAUGUAUUUCAGAGUCCCGAUGCUGCCCUUUGUCAGUGAAUGUAUUUGUUAAUAACGGCCUAGUGAAAAGUUAAUAUUUGAGAGGAAACAGUCAUUCAAGGUUUCUUCCCAACAUCCAUGAUACAUACAGCAGGAAUUGUAAAUGGCUCUUAACAGCGCACUAGGCGUCGAUGUAUCAUAUAUGACAAUAUGUACACAGACUUGCAUUCAAGUUCCCUGACAGAAAAUCUCAAAUGUAGAAGGUGGAUACACGAUUCAGUUCAAGUUAGAAUCUAUUUUGUACGUAGUAUUUUAGAACUGUUUAAAUGUAUUUGAAUGUAUUUCAUAUUUCAUAAGAGGAUUAUGCAUAAACACCCCAAGACUGUGUCAGCAUUUAGUACAAUGUAGUUAGUUGCCCUGAUGUAAUGGAGGACUUAGUGAACAUACCUGUCAUCAGUCAGCCAUCAGGAUGUUUUUCAAUGAAUGCUGGGAAGCAUGUCAGACCUCCUCUUGACCUGUUCUAAAGGUGCUGUUCUCAUAUUCCAUGUCACAAAGAUGUGGAUGAUGUCGAACAUAAACGAAUAGAGUGAACGCCACUGAAUUUGAAAAAAAAGAGAAGUUAUCCAUUCAUUAAGCUGUCACAAAUAUGGAAGAUAUUUGUAAAGAUUUGUGUUAAGAGGGCUAAGGGUCAUAUAUCAGCAAUUGCUAUUCUUUUGUAGACGUUUUGUAGAUGUUUAAACGACAUUUGAUUUUGGAAUAGUUUGUGUGCUAACGUUAAUAAUCCAGUUACCUAUACGAGACAUGUAAAACUUUUCAUUGAAUAACACUGAUUAAAUUAUACAUCUUGAAUAGCUGUGACUAGCAGAAUUUAAAAAAGUGAAUAUAGCCAACAAUGAGAGUGUUGAUAUAUCCUGGUAGCCAUACCAUAACCAGGGCUCCCCAAAUUCUAUAGUGCUGGGCGUGAUACCUGGCCUGUUCACUUGUGCAUGCCUGGAAAUUUGGGGUUGCUUUUCAUUUACUAAAGAAGGCUGGCUGUCAUAAGAUAUGCUGUCAGAAAAACCCUAUCCUUGUUUUGACAGAGGCCGUUAAAACAUCAAUAAGCCAGCCCGUGGAGAAUGGUUACCAGGCUGAGAUGGAAGGGAAUGAAAAGAACUACUUGUGUAUUGUGAACUGUUCAUUCCAUACCUAGAUCAUGGCUUUUUGGAAAUGCCAAUAAAGAGCUUUGUCGUUUUCUACAU